CAUCCCCCACACAAGUGUGACUCCUAAACUGAUUUCCUUUCAUUGCUGGAAACACAGGGAUGCCCUUUGACACCAAGGUAAUACUGAACAGCGCCGUAUCCAAUGUCAUCUGCUCUAUAUUGUUUGGAGAGAGGUUCGAAUACAACGAUCCCGUAUUUCUAACUUUGCUGAAGUUGAUAAAUGAAAACACCAAACUGUUGGGCUCCCCUAUGGUGCUGUUAUAUAAUUUCUACCCCUCCGUUGGCUUUCUGUUCGGCGCCCCGAGGACCGUGCAGCGGAACGUGGAUGAGCUGAACACCUUUUUGCAGAAGUUCUUUCAGGAACACAGGCAGGAAUUCAAUGCAAAUAACUUAACAGGCUUUGUUGAUGCAUUUCUGAUGAAACAACAGCAGGAGUCAAGAAACCCUCGCACCUACUUUCACAAUGAGAACCUGCUGUUCUCAACCCUGGACCUCUUUGCUGCUGGCACUGAGACGACUUCUACCACGGUGCGGUGGGGUCUUCUUCUGAUGAUGAAAUACCCAGAAAUCCAGAGGAGGAUUCAGGAAGAAAUGAAUAAGGUCAUUGAACCAGGACAGCUUCCCACCCUAGAAGAUCGGAAAAAAAUGCCUUACACGGAUGCCGUGAUCCAUGAAAUACAAAGAUUUGCCAAUAUUGUCCCAAUGAGCGUAUCACGUUCCACCUCCAGGAAUGUUAAUUUCAGGGGCUACGUGAUACCUAAAGGAAUAGAAGUGAUUCCCCUGUUGACUUCUGUUCUGAAUGACAAGUUGCACUGGGAGACACCAGAUCAGUUCAACCCUUCCCACUUCUUGGACAGUGAUGGCAAUUUUAUCCGGAAGGAGGCGUUUAUACCGUUCUCCAUAGGGCGAAGGGCUUGUGUCGGAGAAGGACUGGCCAAAAUGGAGCUUUUCCUCUUCUUUGCAGGUUUGCUCCGGAAAUUUACUUUCCAACCCCCUCCUGGUGUAUCUAAGUCAGACCUAGAUCUCACGGCGGACGUUGGCUUCACCUUAACCCCAAUGCCUCACCUGGUUUGUGCCAUACCCCAUGAAUAGUCAAAGCACAUGCAAUAAAUAUAUUGAUUA